AUAGGUUCAUAAUAAAUAUGAAUCACUUUAAAAUGAAUUAUCCACAAUAUGUAGACAGAUACAAGCAACUUAUAAAUACGUCUUUGGAUCUGUCCGAUUUUAUUUAUCAACUACCUAAAGAUAUAAAGGUAUCCAGUCUAAAUCACGGGUGUAGGAAAUGUUCAGAUGCGUGUAUAAAUGUUACUUUAACGCCUUCACCUAAGUGCCGAGGGUCGCAGUGUAUGUGUUACUCUCAGAAUCAAAUUUAUAACCAUUUACUUAUCUCGGAUAACCAAUUUCUGUUUACAAAACAGAUGAUAACGGCAGAAAAAAUGACGAUACGUGACAAGAGAAUUACAAAUGAAACGCAAGUGCCCGAUCUUUCAAAAUCUGUAAUCAUAGUCUUAACCGGUCGUUUAGCUCUUAAAACUAAACACGAAUUGCAGAUACAGUUAAUCCUAAAAGACAAACACGGAAACAUUUUAAAACGGGGCGGAGACGAUGUCCGUGCCUGGAUAACGAGGUCUAAGAACAAAAGGGCGAUGUCGGGUCGGGUGUUUGAUUUCAAUAACGGGACGUAUUUAGUGAGAUUUCCUACACUUUGGAAUGGUACUAACACUGUUUCGAUUGUUAUACCCUAUUACAGAGAAGAAAGUGCCACAUUAUUCAGAUGGUACAGAACACUGAAUUCUAUGUAUUAUCACAUUGGUUUGUUUAUCAAAGGCACAUUGAAUCAAAACACUCUAUGUUUACCAUUGCCUAAAAUAAUUGGAUAUCAGGAAAUCUGCAAUUUCACCACACUCAAUGAUGGACGUCCUUGGUAUUGUGGCCGUCCGCCAUCAGCUACUCUAACUUGUGACGAUUUUUCGGGGCUCAGAGACUACAGAUUUUCCGAUGUUGGAGCUACGCAUGCCGAAAGUAAACUGCUAUCAAGGGCACCAUGCAGUCACACAGAUCGAAACCUUUCAGUAAUAGUAAACAUUGAAGGUAAAGAUAUUUCAAGGACCAAUCUUCCACUGUGUUCAAAUCUCCCUAAAUGUGAAACGUGGGAUCUCUCUACACCGACUGGAUAUUUUAACGGGUCAUUUUAUCAAUCAACAAAAUGUGACACUUCAGAUAAUCUUUCAACUAAAAUAUCCAAAGCUCUGAAUAAAACAAAGUUAAUAAUGGUGGGAGAUUCCACCAUGCAACAAUGGUUCGUUGCAUUAACAAAGUCCAUUAAAUGCAAAUUCGUGUCUAGAAGUGUGUGUCAUCGCAAAGACUGGAAAGGUUCCGUGGAGUUUAUACUACACGCUUAUCCUAAUCUGUACAGCGAUAUCAAAGGACCGGGCAGAGCAAAAUACACAAUAAAGUCUUAUACAUCUAUAUUUAAUAGUAUACCUAAAAGUGGACGAUAUGUGGUGGCAAUGCACAUGUAUGGUCAUUUUGCGAGAAUGCGAUAUAAUAUUUUCAGAGAUACAAUCCAAUCGUUUCUACCUGCUCUAAGAAAUGCAUUGAAUAGAAACAGUGAACUUCAAGUAUUAAUAAAAGGGCCACAUGUAUUUUACUGUACUGGUUGGGUCCCUUGCAUAAAUGAUUUUAUGGGUCGCCAUCUUGUAUCUAUUUUACACGAAGAAAUGAAAGAGUUUCAUUCUCGUGUUGUGUAUUUAGACUAUUGGGACAUGUCAAUAGCAGCUGUAAAUGAUGAUAUCCAUCCACCUCCAAAAUUUGUUUGGAAUAUGAUAGAAUAUUUAUUUGGUUUCAUUCGAGAAUGAUGUAUAUUUAUUACCCGGUAUAGACGUUUAUCCCUAUGUAUUAUGUUAAUGUUUUUUUUAGUUCAAUUCCAAUGUAUCAUCAUAUCCUGGGUUGAGCACGAGGUUGAAUUUUGUAUUGAAAUUAUCUUAAAUAUUCGAUUCCUAAUCUCAUCAUUGAA